AUGAGCAGAUUAGUUGCGAUUUCGGCCAAGAGAUUUGUUCAUCUGGAGAAAGGUAAUCAUGGAACUUCUUCUCCCUCGUUUUCUCUUUGCUGGAGACGAGUUUUCUCUGGUCUCAGUGAUGGUUACAGAGAUAUUCUGAGAAAUGGGCUUCGUGAUUUGAAGUUAGACGAUGCUAUUUCUUUGUUCAGUGAAAUGGUCAAGUCUCGUCCUUUACCUUCCAUUAUUGAGUUCAAUAAAUUGUUGAGUGCUAUUGCGAAGAUGAACAAGUUUGAUGUUGUGAUUUCUCUGGGUGAGAAGAUGCAAAUGAUGGGGAUUUCACAUAGUCUCUAUACAUACAAUAUUUUCAUUAACUGUUUCUGUCGCCGUUCUCAACUCUCUCUUGCUUUAGCUAUUAUUGGGAAGAUGAUGAAACUCGGCUAUGAUCCUGAUYUUGUCACGCUUUCUUCGCUUCUCAAUGGUUUCUGUCAUGGGAAUAGGAUUUCAGAUGCAGUAUCUCUGGUUGAUCAAAUGGUUGUAAUGGGAUAUAAACCUGAUACUGUGACAUUUACAACUCUAAUCCAUGGACUCUUUCUUAACAACAAAGCUUCAGAAGCGGUGGCUCUAGUUGACCGAAUGGUUAGAAAAGGCUGUCCUCCGAGUUUAGUUACUUAUGGUGUGGUAAUAAACGGAGUUUGUAAGAGAGGUGAUACUGAUUUCGCUUUAAAUCUGCUCAAGAAGAUGGAACAAGGGAAAAUAGAGCCGAAUGUUGUGAUCUAUAACACAGUCAUCGAUGGUCUUUGCAAAUACAAACAUGCCGAUGAUGCACUUGACCUAUUCAAUGAAAUGGAGACCAAAGGAACUAGACCAGAUGUUUUUACCUACAACUCRCUCAUAAGUUGUCUUUGUAGUUAUGGAAGAUGGAGUGACGCCUCUCGAUUACUUAGCGAUAUGCUUGAGAGGAACAUCAACCCAAAUGUUGUCACUUUCAAUGCAUUGAUCGAUGCAUUUMRGAAAGACGYAAAGCUUUUGGAGGCUAAGAAAUUGUAUGAGGAGAUGGUCAAAAGGUCUAUAGAUCCUGAUAUUUUCACUUACAAUUCACUGAUCAAUGGGUUUUGCAUGAACGAUCGCCUUGAUGAGGCCAAUGAUAUGUUUGAUUUGAUGGAUAGCAAGGACUGUCUCCCAAACGUAGUGACAUAUAAUGCUCUUAUAAAUGGAUUUUGCAAGUCUAAGAGAGUAGAGGAUGGCAUGAAACUCUUUCGUGAGAUGUCUCAAAGAGGAUUGGUUGGGAAUACAAUCACUUACACCACUCUAAUCCAAGGCUUUUUUCAAGCUGGAGAUUAUGAGAAUGCCCAACAAGUUUUCAAACAAAUGGUUUCUGAUGGUGUGCCUUGUGAUAUUAUGACAUACAACAUUAUGUUAGAUGGACUUUGUAAAAACGGGAAGCUAGAGAAAGCAUUGGUCAUAUUCCAAGAUCUACAAAUGAGUGGUAUGGAACUCAAUAUUGUCACAUAUAGUAUUAUCAUUGAAGGGAUGUGUAAGGCUGGUAAGGUUGAAGAUGGGUGGGAUUUGUUUUGUAGCCUCAAUCUCAAAGGAGUGAAGCCUAAUGUUGUGACAUACAAUACAAUGAUCUCAGGCUUGUGUGGGAAAGGUUUGAAGGAGGAAGCAGAUGCCUUGUUCAGAAAAAUGAAAGAAGAUGGGCCGUUACCAGAUAGCGGUACUUAUAAUACACUGAUUAGGGAAUACCUUAGAGAUGGUGACAAAGUUGAAUCAACUGAACUCAUCAACAAAAUGAGAAGUUGCGGGUUCUGUGGAGAUGCUUCGACAAUAAGCAUGGUCUUUAAUAUGUUGAAUGAUGGGAGAUUGGAAAAAAGCUUUCUGGACAUGCUUCCUUGA